AUGGACGCUACUGGCGCCACGCUCGCCGACGGCUACGGUCUUCUUGUUGCGGCCACUUCGGUCGCCAGCGAACAAAAACGCAAGAACCACCUCCGAUUGCAACCUCCACAAUGGCGAAGUGGUGAUUUCAUAUUUGCACAGGCCCCAAGACGAGCUCGAGUGCUAAUUUCAGGCACUCGGCCGGGGCAGCCACUUAGUGAGCAAUCGACCGCCCUCGGAACAGCUAUAUUAGGCUGCGUUAGAUCCAAGUCCACCUCCAACCCCGCUCGAGUGAACCGUCUCCAUGACACCUUUGGCUGUCCGGCGGAAGCCCCUACCAUCGCU